GCAGCAGCAACAACGACGUUGUAAAGAGGAUCAACCAGCAGCAGACUUACUUGGCAGGAAGGCGAGGGUCACUGUAGGAAGGAGCCAGGUAGAUUACAUUCCAGGCAGAUUCUCAAGUCCUCUCACAAUAUUUGCUUCAGCGAAUCCUAAAAGCUAAAAGCUAAAAGCUACAAGCAGCACCUUCCUUAGCUAUUACUAGCUAGUAUUACUAGCCAGCUACCAACCUUUUCUUUUCCUUCUCUCCAGUAAGACACACUACCAGGUACCCUUCACAGUCACAGCCAACAAGUCUAUUUUAUUACUUUUAUUUUAUUACUUUAUUACUUUAUUAUCGACCAUGAGCCCCUCAGUCUCUGAUUCCACCAACCUUCCUGAACUUCCCGCUGGUUUUGUACCAGGCGAACACGAUGUUGUGAUUGGCAAGGGUAAGAAAUUCUAUUUCCACACGGGCAAUCAAUGGCUGCGCACCUUGGUGGCGUCCAUGUUGGGUGAGUACAAGCAGGCUCAGACCAAGAGCGACAAGUCCAACAUCAUCAGUGAUGUUGUUGAGUACGUCCGCAAGAAUGGACGCUUUGUCAAGCGGGACCUCAAGACCGGCCAGUGGGUUUAUGCCGAGCCUCUCUUGUGCCGCGAGAAAUGCUCGCAAACGUUCCGAGAUAAUUUGGCAGAGACGUACCGUUCCUCCAACGUGGCCAAGAGAAACAAGCGUCGUCAAGAACAAGAAGAUAAGAAGAGAGGCAGUCCUUCUGCUACUCUCAAUGCUACUGCUAAUGCUAAUGCUGUCCCUCAAGCCAAGAGAAUGAGGACCAUGCCUCCUCCUUCUCAUGCUGCUCAUGCUCAUGCUGCUGCAGGCUUUGCUUCCAUGGCAUCAGAUGCUGCUGCCUCUGCAGCUGCUGUCAAUCAAGCUCCUCCAAGUCUCCAAGCUUCAGGCAUUCCCUCCAACUUGUUUGAUCUGGAAAUGCCUCUUUGGUCCCCCAAGGCUCAAGCUCCUUCAAUCAUGCAGAGGAACAGCUUGGAUCUAUCUGCUCUGGUCACUAGGGGAAGCAUGACAGGGGCCACUACCACUCAUCCUGGAGCAACUGCAAGCAAUGGGCAUUCGUUCUCCUUGGGAAUGCAGACUGUCAGUGGAAAUGGAAAUGGACUUGGAAAUGGACUUGGAAAUGGACUUGGAAAUGCCACUGCUGAUCAGAGCAACCUGUCCAACUUGCUCAACUCUCUUCCUGACAUUCUCUCUCAGACAUUGAAUGCCAAUAACAGUGCCAAUGCCAAUAACAAUGGCAACACGGAUGCCACAGCAAACCCAUUCAAUAUCAACCCAUUCGAGCCUACCCCUCUACAAAACAUGCCCGCCAUGCCUCCUCUCACUGGAGGAAACAACAGCAACUACGCCAACGCUACCACCAAUUCUUCCGACUUGGCGGCUUCUUUGGCGAACUUUGAUGCAAACGCCAUCUUUGGAGCGCUCGAAAAUGUAUUGCAGCAUGCGGGACCGCAGCAAAAGAGACACAGCUUGGCACCUCUGGGAGAUGAUUGGUUCAAGUUCCCCGCUCCGCCUGCUAACAACGGCGACGAAUCACAGAACAUUUCCGCCGCAUUUGCUGCCUAAGCAAACAACCUAACGACCAGCCACGGAGCAAGAGCAGGCAACCACACUCAUGUAUCUAUCUAUUCAAUUGAUUUGAUUUGAUUUGAUUUGAUGCACGCACUUUUUUAUGUCAUUGCAUAGUACGAACGAGCGACGAUAGUACGAAGUAAAAUAAAACUAACCAACUAGUCGAACUACGCAUUUUAUUUU